GUGCGGCGUCACUGGGAGGGAAAGAGAGGUCAGAGAGGGAGAGCGAAAGAGAGAGGGAGACAGAAAGAGAGGGAGCGAACUGAACGGAGCAUCUAAGAGGAUAACUGCCUGUUUGUUCACUGUGUCUCUACUCCUGCUCUCCCUCCCAUUCUGUCUCACACACGUGCCUGCACACACACACACACACACACACACACACACACACACACACACACACACACACACACUGACAUUCACCUGCAAAACCACAGUUCUCAGGCUGGGAGAUGAAGAGGCUCACAGUUGAGGAGAUGAAUUUGGGGAGAAGAGAGUGAAACAGAGGGCACAGCAGAGGGAGUGAGAGAGGGGGGGGACAGAUGGAGUACUCACUGAUUAUACUAGGGAACGGAGGAUCGGAGCACACAAAGCAGCAGUGACAGAGAGGAGUGAAAGAAAGAAAGAAAAAACUGGAGCGAUGUGAAAAUGAAAGAAUACCAAAGAACAACAAACAGGGAGGAGGACAGAGAAGAAGAAGCAUGUGAGUGAAACAGUAAAGUGAGAGAAGAGAAGAAGAGGUGGUGUGUGUGACUCCUCUGUUCAGUGUCCUGAAGGAUAUACCGAGCAUCACUUUACUUCUACCCAAACAGCCCACGACAGAGGGAGAGGAGGACUAGUCCCAGGAGAGGAGGGAAAAGAAAAACAGAUAAUCGGAGGGCAAGUGUAAAAUACUGAUAUAAGGAAUACAUGCUCUUGGUUGGUGCAGUGGAUUAACUGGAACCCAGGCUAUUCUGUUAUCCUGCACAAAGAGUGGAAGAUGAGUCACUAAGAAGAGGUACUGGAAGAGAGAGAGAGAGAGGGGAGAGAAUGUGAGAGAGGAAGAUAGACCAUUAUGGGGAGUCGCACAGUGCUGUCCCACAUCUUACCAAUCCAUUCUUCCUCCAGCCCCCUGGGACAAUGCUAAGCGGACAGGAAGGGCCAGCCUGUAUAUUCGGGGGAUGGGAAGGAUGGAUAAGGUGUAUUCAGAGGAGCUGUGCCUAUUCGCCGGUAGAUACAGUGUCCCUGUCACGAUUCCAUCUCCUGGGAUGUUAUUAGAGGUACGUUGGCGCUGAGUGCAUCCAGGAGUCAUGCAACAUAACUGUGUGCCCUGCUCUCACGCUCACCUCUCUCUUCUGGGUCUUCUGACUUAUUUAAUGUGAAACAACAUGUCCUCUUUUAGAUGUAGAUUUUGUACGAGGCAUACUUUAAGUUGGCACUUGCUCCCAUGUUUAAUGUGCUGACGUUAUUAUACUUUUAUUGCGGCUCUAUGGAACUGCUCUUUAUACGGAAAUCAGGAAGCUGAGUGGACAAAAAUUAUAAGUAAAUUAAGUUCUGUGGACUAUGAGACUCCGGUUCACCCUGAAGACUUACUUUAUGAUGUUAAAGCUCAGAAUACAGUUCUCUCUAUCCAUAGUCUGAGCAAAGCACAGACCUUCUGGCUUUGGUUACAUUUCUCAGGAAGUCAGAUAGCUAGAGAAAACACACACACACACACACACACACCUGAGAAAGGACCAGUCCUAUGGAGUGCUGCAGAAGGGGGAUGGCAGGACGGACGGCACUGCAGUGUGACAGUUAUCUCAAAUCACCUCUAUGAUCACUCAAACCAACAAGCUACAGCUGUCGCCCCAGAUCUGCUUGGUGAUGGAACUCCAGCUCAACAAAUGCGACAUUACAUGUAUCCCAUUGUCAUAGAGAAGAAACGAAUUGUCAACAGACAAAUUGCAUUGAGAUAGAAUAGAAUUACUCCCUACUCUCUGACAGAGGACUUUAUCACGUCAAACGGCCUGCAGGGACUGUGGAUGUCGAGGGGAAGAACAAGACGCCACAGGAGACAUGGUGAGCAAAGAGCCGAAUCACUUGCUCAUUGGCCAAUACACCAACAGCAAGACCGCCGACAAACCGCCUGGCGCCAUGACCGUGCGCUCCGUGCUGCUCAACCGCGACUCGCCGGACAUCGAAAGCCGCCUCAAGCGCCGCCGCAACCGCACCCACCAGGUGCGCUUCAAAGACCUGGAGGAUGGCGUUGUUGGCGGGACCACUGGCGCUGGAACCAAAGGCCCAGAGAGGACUGCCGCUGAGCGUGACAGCCCCCACCCCCUGCGGAAGAACACCCCCAUGAGCCCCAUGACCCCCCAGGGAUGGCUAACAGAGAGGUCAAUGGGGGACGAGGUUUCCUCCAACCAGGCCUCGGUGGUUGGGGCUGUCCGAGGAGAUAUGGCAGACACUAUUGAGGUAGUGGCAGCAUUUUUGGCACGGGCGCCCCCUCACCCGCUUACCCCGGGGCCCACGCGCCGCUGCUGGGCACCACCAUCAUCGCCCCCACGGCCUUGCUCCCUCACACUACCUCUCUCCCGGAGGCAGUGCGCCAGCAUGGCCAUUCAGACCCCCUCCUGCCUCAAGAAGCCCAAGCCACGGGCGCCCUCGGCUGUCAGCACUCGCAACCGAAAUGUGGGGGACUCGGUGGGGGUAAAUGGGGAUGACGAACAGGACGAUAAAAAGGAUGAGUACUACACUACCCACAACCACAUUUCAGAACCUGCAUCUAUAGAUGGAAACGGCCUUGGGUCUAAGGCUAAACAAGGAUUGGUGGACCAACCCCACUGCCUCAGUACUAGCGAGGCUAACACUGAGGCUAACGCCAGCUCCCCUGCUGUUGGGAAUCACGUGGACUCUUCCAGGCAUGACUCUUCUUCUUCCCCUCCCCCAGUUUGGCUUCGGCACACUGCAGAGCCUUGCUACUGCGGUUCUGUGACCUGUGGGAGGGAGGGAUCUAAACGCCAGGGGAGUGCAACUCUGUCCCAAGUAAGGAGGAGAUGGCGCAUGAACCGUGGUAUCAGUGACCCGGGAAGGGAGGUGUCCUACUGUACCACUCCCACACAGACAGACAGUCCCUGUGUCUCCCCUCCUAACUCCCCACCUCCCUCGACUGUGCAGCCCUGCACCUCCCCACCUCCCUCGACUGUGCAGCCCUGCACCUCCCCACCUCCCUCGACUGUGCAGCCCUGCACCUCCCCACCUCCCUCGACUGUGCAGCCCUGCACCUCCCCACCUCCCUCGACUGUGCAGCCCUGCACCUCCCCACGUCCCUCAACUGUGCAGCCCUGCACCUCCCCACCUCCCUCAACUGUGCAGCCCUGCACCUCCCCACCUCCCUCAACUGUGCAGCCCUGCACCACCCAAACACAAACUGACAGUCUCUGCACCUCCCCACCUCCUCCCACCGUGCAGCACUGCGCCUCCCCGCCUCCUCCCACCGUGCAGCACUGUGCCUCCCCACCUCCCUCGACUGUCGAACCCUCCACCCCCAAAACUCAGACUGUGCCUCUCUAUGCUUCCGUACCUAAAACUGUGCCAACCUCCACCCAUCCAUAUUGUGAAACACCACCACUGGUGGCUCUGCCUUGCGCCUCCCCACCCCGGUCUAUCUGUAAAUAUCCCCCGAGAAAAUCAGCGCUUCCUCCAACUGUUCUUCCAUCUAAAGCUCAAACCACUCCACCUCUCGCUACACAAACUGAAACGGUCCCACCCAAACUAACAUGCACCGCCAGAACUACAACCACAGCCUCAAAUCCAAAUUGUCCCACCGCACCACCAUCUCCAACGAUAGCCCCCUGUACAGCCCCUAAUGGCCAUGACCCAAAACCAACUCCUGUUCUAGCCCCCUCCACUGCCCCAACUUGCCCCACCCCAACACCAACUCCAAAUAUAGCACCCUGCACCAUCCUAACACAAACUGCCCUAUCCUGCUCUUCCUUAAAUCAAGUCAUAUCUCCACCUCCAACUGUGACAUCAUGCCACCCCCCAGCCCAAACUGCCCCUGCCUACAUCUCCUUAAUUCAGACCAUACCACCUGGGAACCCCCCAUGUCAGACCGUACCACCCUGCUCCUCCCAACCUCCAGUAGUACCUUCCUACUCCGCCCACAUUCAAAUAAAAUACUGCUCCUCUCCCUCUCCCAUUGUAAAAAGCUGCAACUCCCCGCCUCCAAUGGUAAAACCCUACCAUACACUUCCAACGGCGCCAUCUUGUGCAACUCCAACGAAAACUGUGCCCCUCUACGCUUCCACAUUUCGCCCUGCGCCCCCCUACACCCCCCCGCCUCAGGCCCAACACUGCAGCACUCAGGACAAGAGGGUGAUAGAGUGGGAGUGUAGGGGGGAGAGGAGGAUACUUCCACCACCACCCCCGCCCCCUCCCCCGUACACCCCACGCAAAGAGGGGGUGAGUUGCACCCCAGGCUCGGCCUGCCAAGCGCCCCUGCUCAGGCGGGCGAGUGAGAAGGAGAGGUCAGGAAGAUCAGGGUCACUCCUGCCCUGUCCUCGAGCCAGCUCUCUGAAACAGAGAGCUCAAACACCCUUGGCAGUCCCUCUGAAAGGGAACCAGGCGGACCAGGGCUCCUCGCCCACCAAGACCAUCUCCAGACCCACCUGCCUGGGCCAGGCUCAGGCUCAGCUAGGGGCUCAGCUUGGGGCCCUCCAUAAAAUUCUCUGCUCUGGGACCAACACCCCCAACAGCCAGCAAGCUCUCCCCCCUGGCCAGUGCCUGUCCGGGGCCCGUGGCUGCUCUGGCUCUGGAGGGGGCCCCACGGUUGGGCCCCUGACCUCCACCCAGGCUGACACCCUGAGGCAGGUGCAGGAAAUCCUGGGGGGGCUAGUGUCGGGGGCCAGGAGUAAACUGGAUCCGACCUGGGUAGCAGAGAAACUGAUGGGCCCCAACGGGCCCCUGCACGACAUCCGGAGCCUGCAGACCCAGCUGCACAGCAUGGAGGGGGUCCUAGAGACUAGCCAGAACACCAUCAAGGUCCUGCUGGAUGUCAUACAGGACCUGGAGAAGAAGGAGGCAGAGAGAGAUGGGAGACACUCCUACCGGACGGGUCAGGACAUAGAGAACUGUGGCACGUGCAGAGACUGUGCCUGCAUCAUAUACAGUGUGGAGCAUGACUUCCGGCUGCAGGAGGGGGCAGUAACCCGCACGUGGCGGGUAGGAGACCCUCCAGAGGGCUCCCCCCUAGCCGCUGUGACCCCCCAGCCCACCACGCCACACCGCCAGGACUCACCCCUGCCGGUGACACCGGCACGCCCCCCUCACAGCGGCAAGAAGAGCCGGAAGAAGUGCUUUUGGUUCUUGUGAAUUUUAAAAAGGGGAAGAGUAGGGAAGGACACCAUGAAUUAGGACACUCCUUCUAAAAACUGCGGAGGACUGAGUGGUAGUGUGUAGAGUGUGGGGCCCAGAUAUGGAAGGAGAGAGAAAGAUACAAACAGACGCUCAAAACAAGUGUUAGAAGAAGCAGCAAACAAGAGGGAAAAUGAAAAAAAAAUGAAAAAAAGUGAGGUAUAAAAGGGAUAUUAAAGAGGUAUGAUGGCAGUUAAAGGACCUGGAAGACCCCUAGUGUGGUGGUGAAUGGAAUCUGUUUUGAUCCUGACGUGUUUGAACUGUAUAGAAUGGAGAGUGGAACAUGCAUGUGUUGUCGUAGCGCCAAGAUGCCUCUUCAGCACCUGAGAUCAGUUGUUCGUGCGGGGAGGGAUGCACUGUAAAAUGUGCUGAAGUCUUCUGAAAAACUUGACCUACCUGGUAGAGGCAAUUAUAGAAAUGAAAGUGUAGAAGAUGAAAAGGAAAAAGGUAAGGAGAAAAGAAAGGGAAGUGACUAAGUAUAAAAGGCUAGGGAGUCAAAACGAGAGGAAAAGAAUGAGUGUACAGAGAGAAGAGAGGAAGGAUCCAUCCUCAUCACUAAUGGACAAAUGAGGGUCAGAACACCAGCUUUUAUAUCCAGAGAUGUUUCAGCCAAUCAAUUAUUAUGAUGACCCUUAUUUCAAACUUUUAAUAGAAUUGAUCAUUCAAAAACUACACACACAAGGUCAGGCUGAGAAAUGCACCACAAGAAAAAGUGAGGGUAAAAAAAAGAUGAAAGUGUACAUAAAACAGAGUGAUCUACUGCUUGAAUUGCUAUAUUUCAGAUACGGAUUACUGGUCUAUAAACUAUUU